CAGUCCAGUCCAGAUCCCGCAGCUCUCUCACUCUUUUCGGGGCCUGACAGAAAGAAAGAGAGAAAAAAGGAGUUUAUUUUCUCCGGAGUGAUCCUGUGAAACUCCUCCGUCCCGCUGCGACGCGCACGGAGCGGGAACGCUGACGGAGAGACGGAGAGACGGAGACAGGGGGACACGGGGACACGGGGACACGGGGACAGGGACGAAGCUGAGCCGAGCCGAGCCGAGCCGAGCCGCGGUGGAGGACCAGGAGGAAACCUGCGGACAGAGAUGUAGCGUGUGUGUUGGACUGACUGUUGGACCAUCAUGCACCUCUUCCUGCUGCUGAUCCUUCACGCUACAGCAGCUGUGGGACAGAUUGACCCUGCGCACUGCCGCUAUGCCCUGGGCAUGGAGGACGGGCGGAUCAGAGACGAGGACAUCACGGCGUCCAGCCAGUGGUACGAGACCACGGGUCCGCAGUACGCCAGGUUGAACCGUGAGGAGGGAGAAGGAGCGUGGUGUCCUCAAGGACAGCUGGAGCCGUCAGACACUCAGUACCUCCAGGUGGACCUGGGCAGGCUCACCUUCCUCACCGUGGUCGGGACUCAGGGACGGUACGCCAGGAACUCUGGGAACGAGUUUGCCAGAGCGUACCGCCUCAACUACAGCAGGGACAGCGUGCUGUGGAAGUCCUGGAAGAGCCGGCUGGGAAAGGAGGUGAUCCAGGGAAACAAGAACGCCUACGAGUCCGUCAUCAACGACCUCCACCCGCCCGUCAUCGCACGCCACGUCCGCCUGAUCCCCGUCACCAAGCCGUCCACCGCCGUGUGCAUGAGGGUGGAGCUGUACGGCUGUCCGUGGGACGACGGCCUCAUCUCCUACAGCGCCCCCGAGGGUCAGCUCCUGAUGGCGCCCGGCUACCCCGUCGCCAGCCUCAACGACUCCACGUACGACGGCGCGCACGAAAGGAGGAGGCUGCUGGGCGGGCUGGGCCAGCUGACGGACGGCGUGGUGGGCCUGGACGACUUCCUGGUGACGCGGCAGCUGCAGGUCUGGCUGGGCUACGACUACCUGGGCUGGAGGAACGACUCGCUGGGCGCCCCGGGCCACGUGGAGAUGGACUUCCUGUUCGACAAGCAGAGGAACUUCACCUCCAUGAAGGUGCACAGCAACAACAUGUUCUCGCGCGGCGUGAAGAUCUUCUCCUCCGUCACCUGCUGGUUUAAGCCCCGCCUCAUCGCCAGCUGGGAGGCGGAGCCCGUGACCUUCAAGACGGUGCUGGACGACCGGAACCCGAGCGCCCGCUACGUGACGGUGCCGCUGAGGCGCCGCGCCGCCAGAGCCCUGCGCUGCCGCUUCUUCUUCGCCGACGUGUGGAUGAUGUUUAGCGAGAUCUCCUUCCAGUCCGAGGACACCAUCCUUCCAACUCUCAUGACGCUGUCGGUGACGCCCUCUCCAGCCAGUGAAGGCAGCACCGCCACCCCAGCGCCAACGACAGCAGCCGACCCGUCGGCCAGCGGCCGGCCCGACGACGGGAACACGCCCAUCCUCAUCGGCUGCCUGGUGACCAUCAUCCUGCUGCUGGUCAUCAUCAUCUUCCUCAUCCUGUGGUGCCAGUAUGUGUGUAAGGUGCUGGAGAAGGCGCCUCGCCGGAUCCUGGACGAGGAGGUGACGGUGCGGCUGUCGUCCUGCAGCGACACCAUCGUCCUGCAGACGCCCCCCGUGCCGCCUCGCUCUGGACACACUGCCACAGGCCCCACCAGCACCGACCCGCACUACGAGAGGGUUUUCCUGUUGGACCCGCAGUACCAGAACCCGGCGGUGCUGAGGAACAAGCUCCCCGAGCUGUCCCAGAGCGCCGAGGCCUCCGCGUGCGGGGGGGGCUACGCCGAGCCGGACGUCACCCAGUGCACCCCCCACCAGGGCUUCCACGGCCCGGCGCCGCACUACGCCGAGACCGACAUCGUGCGGCUGCAGGGCGUCACCGGCAGCAACAUGUACGCAGUCCCCGCCCUGACCGUGGACUCCCUGACCAGGAAGGACAUCUCGGCCGCCGAGUUCCCGCGGCAGCAGCUGGUCUUCAGGGAGAAGCUGGGGGAGGGGCAGUUCGGAGAGGUCCACCUGUGUGAAGCCGAGGGCCUCCCAGAGUUCCUGGGCGAGGGCUCCCCCCUCCCCGAUGGCGACGGCUGCUCCGUUCUGGUGGCGGUGAAGCAGCUGAGGCCCGACGCCACCAGCCAGGCCAGGAACGACUUCCUGAAGGAGAUCAAGAUCAUGUCCCGUCUGAACGACCCCAACAUCAUCCGCCUGCUGUGCGUGUGUGUGACCUCCGACCCCCUGUGCAUGGUGACCGAGUACAUGGAGAACGGGGACCUCAACAUGUUCCUGUCCCAGCGGGAGAUGGAGAGCACCCUGACCCACGCCAACAGCAUCCCUUCAGUCAGCCUGUCCGACCUCCUCCACAUGUCGGUGCAGAUCUCGUCGGGGAUGAAGUACCUGGCCUCCCUGAACUUCGUGCACCGUGACCUGGCCACCAGGAACUGCCUGCUGGACCGACGCCUCACCAUCAAGAUCGCCGACUUUGGCAUGAGCCGAAACCUUUACAGCAGCGACUACUACCGCAUCCAGGGCCGGGCGGUGCUGCCCAUCCGCUGGAUGGCCUGGGAGAGCAUCCUGCUGGGGAAGUUCACCACGGCCAGCGACGUGUGGGCCUUCGGAGUCACGCUGUGGGAAAUCUUCACCCUGUGCAAAGAGCAGCCCUACAGCCUGCUGUCCGACGAGCAGGUCAUCGAGAACACUGGAGAGUUCUUCAGGAACCAGGGCCGACAGAUCUUCCUCUACGCCCCCCCACUGUGUCCACCGUCUCUCUUCGAGCUGAUGAUGCGCUGCUGGAGUCGGGACAUCCCGGACCGGCCCACCUUCGAGGGACUUUACCAAGCCCUGCGGCCCCACGUCGGCCCCUGAGACCGGCCGGGACCCGGGUCAGCGGCGGGACCCGGGUCAGCAGCGGGACCCGGGUCAGCGGCGGGACUCGGGUCAGCGGCGGGACUCAUGCCAGGCGACAGACUGAGACCAGAACAGCGAGGCCUGGAGCGAGAGGCGGGAGGCUGGGAGACUGGAUUAAUCUGAGACGACGUGGAGACGCGGGGACAAAGACUACUCAGAGGAGACACGUCUUCAGCCUUUCACCCAGCCGCUGGUGGAAGCGUCGAGGUUCUGAAAGACUCCUGCCUCAGUCGUCUCCUCAUCGACCAAAACGUCUCAUGAACCAUUUGACAAGUUUUCUUUUGCCCGAAGUUGCCUUCAUAUUUUACUCUGGUUGGUUUAGAGAUGCCAGAACCUGGACGGCAGUCCGUGUCUCCAGUCCCUGUGGUUUUUAACUGUUAUGAAGCACUGUGUCCGCGUCUCAGUAUCUCCUGUUCUUAUAUUAACCCACACUGGAGCUAGGGCUGGGGUCAGAGGGUAGUGUAGGACUUUAUCGCUAGAUUUUUAUGCUAUUUGAAUUUUUGUUGUUUUAUUUGAUUUUGCUUCUGUCUAUGUGUGUGUGUGUGUGUGUGUGUGUGUGUGUGUGUGUGGGUGUGUGGCUGAGGUGAACGUGACAGUGCCAGAGGCUGCGUUGAAACCUGUGGUGGAUGGACUGCCGGUCAGGAAACAGGCUCAGUGGAGGGAAAACAAAACCAAAAGGUUUCCAAAGCUCUAAAGAGCUGCUGUCUCUCAGAGCGGAGCAGAGGCCAGGACAGCAGCCUGGACACGGCGGUAUGGACAUGGCAGUCCGGCGGCGGUCUGGACAUGGCGGUCUGGACACGGCAGUCCGGCGGCGGUCCGGACACGGCGGUCUGCCACACCGCUCCUGACUGUCCAGUACCUGGGUUCUUUUUAUUUUGUUCAUAGCAGACAGUCUUUCAGCAGCACUCCGGGUUUUCAGACUGACAGCAGAGUCUGAACGCUUUGACUUCAUCUCUGUGGAAAUGGAAAACCCCAACUUUUAUGAUCCUGGUCCUGGUCCUGGUCCUGGUCCUGGUCCUGAUCCUGGUCCUGGUCCUGUGCUUCACGACUGUUGUAAACAGAAGUUCUGCACAUGCUCAGUUGAGACAGAACAGUUUCUUCCUCCAGAGUGUCCUGACCUCCAGUCCAGAUUCUCCUGGUCCCUGUUCUCACUGUUCAUGUCCAGAGUGUGUCGUUCUCCGUGUUCUCUGCAGCGUGUGUCUGGUUCCAUUAUAACGAGCAGCAGUGCCCACUAGUGGCCAUCAUGGGGGUGAGGGUGACUGAGGAUGGAGUGAGGACGGAGUGAGGACGGAGUGAGGAUGGAGUGAGGACGGAGUGAGGAUGGAGUGAGGACGGAGUGAGGACGGAGUGAGGAUGGAGUGAGGGCAGAGUGUUUGUCCCUCGGCUCCUUCAGGUGGACGGUGGCAGUGUGAGUGAUUCGGAGUGUGAGUGCAGAUUGGUGAUGUUAUUGAUGACCUCUCAGCUGUUGGUGGUUCUUCCUGUUGGGGGAAGCAGUUCGGGCGUCUCGCCAGUCUGCUGCUCACAGUCAGGUUUCCAGAGAGAGCUGAGCUGCAGUCAGCAGCUUCCACAGUGAUCAGGCCAGAGAAACUUUAAAAAUACAAAUCAAUGGACAGAAAUAAAGAGAAGAAUCAUCAGAAAAUAAAGAUUAAACAUUUACCUUGCCAUCAUUUCAGCAGUUCUGGGUAAUCUUGUCUCGAGCAGCGGGUGCUACAGUGGUAUUUAAUGUCACGGCGUUUCCCCGUCCCUGACUCCUCAGGAGGAAUCCAGACUCCAGAGCCUGAGGAGCGUCUCUCGCUGGGUGAUGU